CUUGCGCAACGCAAUGACUGUCAAAAGGCUUAAUGGGGGUGAUAAUUUCCAUCUUCAAGUAGCGACUGCAAAGAGACUUGUUAUCACUGCUGUUUAUAAGCCCUUUUUGAAGCUUGCGCAACGCAAUGACUGUCAAAAGGCUUAA